AUGUCACCGGAAGAUUAUGUUGAAUACCAAGUUGGUCACUACCUAAUCUUGAUAAUCUCCCCUUUGCUUCUAGUUUGUGGGCUGAUCGGAAAUGUUUUAUCAUUUUGUAUAUUUUAUCCAAAAGCUGUUAAAUCCCGAACGCAAUCGUCCUACACAUUUCUGGCAGUGCUGGCCGUGUUCGACUCCCUGGCUUUGCUACUAUCGUCUUUGAGGGGAUUUCUUGCGCAUGCGUUCCAGUUGGACAUCGUCCUGGCAUGUCACUGUGGAGUUUACCUUUUCUUCUCUUUUAUUGCCACCGACAUGUCAGUGUACGUUAUUAUCGCAAUGACAGUGGAUCGCUCAAUCAGCGUCUUCUUGCCGUUCAAGGCCAAAACCUUGUGUACACGGAACAGGGCGCUGGUUUCUAUGUCGGUGAUAUUUGUUAUUCUCAUUGCCGUGAACUGCUCAAUCAGCUUUACCUAUCACCGAACAGAACAAACCAUAACUGUAUCAAACAUGACGACCUCUGUUUAUACAUGUGGCGCUCUUAUGCGUUAUUCUGAGUGGUUAAAUUUCGUAUGGCCUUGGAUCGACAUGACGGUGUUGUCCUUUCUGCCCUGCGUCGUACUUACAACUCUCAAUUGCGCAAUUCUCCUACGCAUGCGCAGUCAGAACAAACGUGUUCACGUGAUGGGACAGCCGUCAGACGGGAGACUGGCCUCGCAGAAACGCACGAAUAUACUUUUACUUUCGAUAUGUCUGGUUUUCUUCAUAACAACAACGCCUUUGACAGUUUUGCAUAUCGUGGAGCCGUACUGGUCACUUGACACUCCACAUCAACAGGCAAUUCACACCAUGGUAAGUGACAUUGCGUCACAACUUCUCUUUUGGAACAAUUGUCUAAAUUUCAUUCUUUACUGUCUAAGCGGCCGAGAGUUUCGCAACGAUUUAAAGCGUAUAUUCUGCAGAGCAUCUGAAAACUCCGUGUCUAGUGACGUCACAGCCAUGAAUUGA